AUGGGUAAUACGAUCGAUACUGAAGUGAAACAAGAAAAAAAAAUUCUUGAUCAACCACAAGAAGGUAAAGCAAGUGAGUUUUAUUGGGCUUGCCGAAAUGGAGAUAUUGAACGAGUCAAACAAUUAUUAUUAACAAUAUCAUAUAAUGAUUUGAAUACAUUGGAACCAAAUGGAAGUACACCAUUACAUGCAGCAACAUAUUUUGGUCAUACAGAAAUUGUUCAUCUACUUCUACAAUAG